AGAUGGCAGCGAUCAUGAAAAUGAAAAUAGGCAUAUUUAUUUUUCUCUCAGGCUGGUUUUUUAGAUCAUCAACAGCCCAGGUGGAGGAACUAACGGAGAAAUUUGUCACAGAUAGAGGUGAAAAUUCAUGGCUCGUUAUGUUCUAUGCACCAUGGUGUGGCCACUGCAAAAAGAUGAACCCAGCGUUCCACAGAGUUGGCCUGGAAUUGAAAGAUAGCGAUAUAAGGGUUGGAAAGGUUGACUGUACCCUCUAUCAGUCACUAGCCCAUAUGUUUGAAGUCCGAGGUUUCCCAACUAUCAAAUUUAUCCGUGGAAACAAGGCAUACACUCAUCGAGGAGAAAGAUCUAAAGAGGAUAUUUUAGAGUUUGCGUAUAGAGCUCAUGGUCCAGUGGUGAGGAAUAUCACUAGCCUGGGUCGAUUCCAUGAAAUCAGAAGUCAACAUUCCAGUGGUGUUUUCUUCCUCUAUGUGGGAGAGCCUGAUGUUUAUGGUACUUUAUUUAAUAAAUACUCUGCCAUAGCUGAGAAGUAUCGUGUUCAGAGUUAUUUUUAUUCAGCUACAAAAAGGGUGCUACCGGGGGAUGUCAAAGUCGAAUCAUUCCCAAGUGUUCAUGUGUUCAAGGAUAAGAAGAUGUUUACAUUUGAAGGUGAAGUUGAAGAGGAAUCAGCAGAGGAAAUGAUAAAAAUUGAGGAAACAGUUCAGCCAAAAGCUGAUGGUGACUCAAUGAGUACAUCCGAUUCUUCUGAGACUUGUUCAGUGGAGGGCGAUUCUUGUACAAAAUCUGCACCUUCCGCAGAGGAUGAGAAAAAAACUGAAACAGAGGUUGAGAUCAAAAGUGACGCAGAUGGAGCCGCUACUAAAUCCGAGCUCGAGAAGUGGAUCAAUGUCGAGCGGUUCCUUGCUUUCCCACGUGUACAAGGCGCCAAUUUGAACGAAUAUGCCGCAGCGAAGAAACUCCUCGUGAUGUUUAUGGUGAACACCGAGGAUAAAGACAACAAAGAGAAACAGGAGAGAGUGAAAGCAAUGGGUGAGCUACUGGCAAUGGAAAAAAUAGAGCAGUAUCAUGACUCGUUCCAGUUUAUUUGGAUGGGGGACACAGAAUCAGGCAACUCGAUCACGAUGUCGGAGCUGACGACCCCAAACCUGCUCGUCCUCAACCCCGAGACCCAGCUCUACUAUCUGCCAAGGGAACCCGUCGAAGAUAUGCCACUUGAUGUUCUUGAAAAGUUCCUUGUGGAUGUAAAAGAAGAAAAAAUUGAGGCUCAUGGAGGCACUGGGUUCUUACAAAGAGUAAAAAGGUUACUCUAUGAUAUUUUUACUACACUUUUGAGUAUAUGGCAGUCAUCACGCAUCCUUUUCUUCGUGAUGUUUGGCAUCCCGACGGCCAUCAUCAGUAUCGUCUGCUACGGCCUCUGCUGCAUGGAGACGUCUGAUGAAGAAUAUACAGAGGAGGAGGAAGAGGAGGAGCCUGCCAUCGAACGGAAUGCCGUCGAAUUAGAAGAUGCAGAAAUGUUAAAGAUUGGAGCCAAAGAAACGCCGACCAUCCCGAAGUCUCCUGACGACAAGAAAAACGACUGAUACGGACAUGAUUCUCUUGUAUUGCCUACCAUUGCCAAGCAUUUGAGGAACCUUCAAGGACUAGCAGUAGUGGAAAAUCAGACGAAAAUGUUUAUUUUCAAAAGAAUCUGUAAAGAAUCAUACCUGGCCUUGGUACUUAUUAUUUAUGUUUUUUCUUCAUAAAUUGAUUUAAGCUGAAUGUUUCUCCAGCUGCCCUUCAUUGUAAGUUAUAAAUCUAUCUAUUUGUCUGCUAUUAAUCUUAUAAAAUUUCUGUGAGAUGGGAGGUGAAGAAAAACCCAAGUGCCAUUUCAUGUUAAAUAGACAAUAGUAUCAGCGACAGACACUGCCGAAAGUACUUGAUUAUUUUCAUGUAUCAUAUUUGGAACCAUAAUGAUAUCUGUAAUGGUCAUCUCAAAGUAUUUUCUAAUUAGAUCUCAGUAUUGAAGUCUCAUUGCACAUUUGCACGUGUAUAGGGGAAGGAAUCACUAAUGGUCAUUAAAUCAUUGUAAUGGAGUUGGUUACUCUCACCAAGAAACUUCAGAUUUGCACUUAUUUAUGUUUUCACUGGCUAUAUCAUGUAAAAGAUUACUCAACUUGGACAAUGUUGCCAACUGAGUAGAUUGAAAUUAGAUGCACAGGAAUCUUUGUUAUCAUGGUACACAAUCUAUGUCAUUCGUCUUUGUUAUAAUCACAUUCAAGGUGUCCCAAAAGUUAACGCCAUUUCAGGAUUGUAGCUCGCGGAUCUCGGUGAAUAGAAUUUUGGUUAUGGUUAGGCCUUUGGCAUAUGGGUACAUCUUCAUAUUCGGAAUGGUGGCUUGUGCCAUGCUUUGAAUUAUGGAAAUGUUCUCUACACGCCAUUGGACGGGACAAACUCUAAUGUGUUAAUUCUGAAUCUGAAUAAUUCUGCAUCUCAUGACUGAUAUUGUCUGAUGACACAGUCUAUGCACUUGGCACAGAAUGUGAAAUAGGAUCCAGUCGGGUCAUGCUGGUAAAAUGGAUCACCUUUGGUACUAUGUGAGGCUGUCUUGCCUUUAGGGUAUACAUAAAUGAAAAGAGUAUUAUGAAUUCAGAGUGAACAUAUGAUUGUUAUCAGUAAUACUGUAGAUAGAAGUUCCACUGAAAGAGAUUCGGGUUUGGGUACACUUGUUUUAUGUCAUCAUCACAUCUCUUUGUAACACUAUUUAUUCUUUGUAAAUUGUUGUACAUGUUUUAUAGAUGUAAGGUAUGUGGCCAUCCACUUGGAACGGAAAUUUUGUAACAGCGACUAUCUUGGGUCAUGUUUAAUUGAUUGAUCAUUGGGCUGGAUUGUUUAUUGUAGACAUCGAGCCUGGGGGAGGGAACAAAAUUCUCAUUGUGUUGACUGGAUUCAUUCUUAUUGGGUGGCCCCCAUGUUGUGGUACAAAAAAUAAAUAACAGCUAUAUUCAAGUU